AUGAGUGGACGAGGAAAAGGUGGUAAGGCUAAGAGCAAACCCAAGUCUCGCUCGUCCCGCGCCGGACUGCAGUUCCCGGUGGGCCGAGUUCAUAGACUCCUGAGAAAGGGUAAUUAUGCUGAGCGGGUGGGUGCCGGAGCCCCGGUCUAUCUGGCUGCUGUGCUCGAGUAUCUGACGGCUGAAAUUCUCGAGUUGGCCGGCAACGCGGCCCGAGACAACAAGAAGACGCGCAUCAUCCCCAGACACCUGCAGCUGGCCGUCCGCAACGACGAGGAGCUCAACAAGCUGCUGGGAGGAGUGACCAUCGCUCAGGGCGGGGUGCUGCCCAAUAUCCAGGCCGUGCUUUUGCCCAAAAAAAGCGGCGGACCCACCAACCCCAAGGGGAAAUAAAUAAGUAAAGCGUCAGUUUAAAAAACCCAAAGGCUCUUUUCAGAGCCACCCAUAUUGUCUACGGAAAGGGCUGAUAAAGACUGGGGUGACUCCGGCUGUUUUCGAUCUGCGCGUCACUCGUAGC